AUGGUCAGCUCGACUGCGUGCUGCUGUUCGCUCAAUGCAGCUGCUCGCCCGUGCCUGGUCCAGUGCACCGAUGCGCCAGUGCACGCCAGCGACUACGUCCUCGGCCGGUGUUCGGCUGGUGGGGCACGGCGACCGAGUCCUGGGCACAGCCAACGCCGUGUUCGGCGGCAAGCCCGUGGAGCUGUCGGCGAAGAUCCCGUUCAUGCACUGGGGCACGGGGCGCGGUCGUGGCCGGCCGAGGAGGCGGCGGCCUUCUACAAGACGUUCGCGCGCCACGGCUGCACCAUGGUGGUGCAGGGCAUGGACGUCUGCAUGAACAAGCAUCACCACAGCACGGGGUCCAGCCCGAACAACCUGCUGGUGCAGAUGAAGAACGCGUGCCGCCGCCACGGAGCACGCAUUGCCGGCGAGAAUGCGUCGCUCGUAAUGACGCACACCAGCAGCUCGUUGCGCAUCCGCAGCAACAUCCUGACCACCGUGCUCAUGAUGCCCUGCCACUUUCUCGCCGGAACAGUUCACGCAUGA